GCCAUGUUGGAGCUACAUUGGAUUCAGGCUGGGAUUUUCUGACGCCGUAUGUUUUUCUUUAAAUAUCUGUUUUCUUACAUUGUUGGGGUUCGUAAACCGUGCGCGAUCGGCGCCGUAAUCGGCAGUGGAAAUGAUGAACUCCAGUGUCGACCUGUCCCGGCGGAAUCCACAGGAGGAUUUCGAGCUGAUCCAGAGGAUAGGAAGCGGCACAUACGGAGAUGUGUACAAGGCUCGUAAUGUAAACACAGGAGAGCUGGCUGCUAUCAAAGUCAUCAAACUGGAACCCGGUGAGGACUUUGCAGUCGUGCAGCAGGAGAUUAUAAUGAUGAAGGACUGUAAACACUCCAACAUCGUUGCCUAUUUUGGCAGUUAUCUCCGAAGAGAUAAGUUAUGGAUCAGCAUGGAGUACUGUGGAGGUGGUUCUCUGCAAGAUAUCUAUCAUGUAACCGGGCCUUUGUCAGAAUCACAGAUAGCUUACAUGUCACGGGAGACCCUACAGGGUUUAUACUACCUGCACAAUAAAGGCAAAAUGCACAGAGACAUUAAGGGAGCCAACAUCCUCCUGACAGACAAUGGCUAUGUGAAACUAGCUGACUUUGGCGUAUCAGCCCAGAUCACAGCGACCCUAGCAAAGAGGAAGUCAUUCAUUGGAACACCUUACUGGAUGGCUCCUGAGGUAGCAGCGGUGGAGAGGAAAGGGGGUUACAACCAGUUGUGUGAUAUCUGGGCUGUGGGUAUCACUGCAAUAGAACUGGCUGAACUGCAGCCACCCAUGUUCGACCUGCACCCAAUGAGGGCUCUGUUCUUAAUGACAAAGAGUAAUUUCCAGCCUCCUAAGUUGAAAGAUAAAAUGAAGUGGACCAAUAACUUCCACCAUUUUGUCAAACUGGCUCUGACCAAGAGCCCAAAAAAGAGGCCCACAGCUGAGAAACUGCUGCAGCACCCUUUUGUUUCCCAGCCUCUCAGCAGGACGCUAGCGAUUGAGCUGCUGGAUAAAUCCAACAACCCCGACCACAGCACCUUCAACGACUUUGAUGAUGACGACCCUGAGCCUGAGUCCCCGGUUCCUUAUCGUAUCCGCUCCACCAGCAGGAGCACCAGAGAAGGAAAAACACUGUCCGAGAUGAAAUUCGAUCAAGUGAAGUUUGAUAGUCUUUUGGAAAAGGAGACACAACCUCAUCAUGAACCGUGUGAUUCUGAGCCCUAUCUGGACUGUGUUGAGGAGCUCUACUAUACAGCAAGAUCUAAUCUGGAUUUGCAGCUGGAAUACGGUCAAGAUUCAUCGCGUUUCUUGGGAGGAAACAAGAGUCUUCUCAAAUCGGUGGAGGAGGAGCUGCAGCAGAGGGGCCAUGUGGCACACUUAGGGGAUGAUGAGGAUGAGGAUGAUGAUGGUGCAGAUGAUGAUGAAACUCACACUCAUAAAUCAAGCACCAUCAUGAGGCCAAGGGUCCCACCCCCACUUCCUCCUAAGCCCAAAUCCAUCUCCUCACCCCAUAAUCAGACGGAUCAAAAACACGACGACAGCCACUCACACAGUGAAGAUGACGGUGGAGGGGGAGGGACCAUCAAGCGCUGCCCAGUGCCAGAGACGCCGAGCCCCGCCAAGCCCGCCUCCUAUGUCCCCCCGCGUCCCCCGCCCCCGAAGCUGCCGCCCCACCGCCGCAGUAGCCUAGGUAACGAGAGCCCGAAGCUCAAAGACGUCGAAAACUCUGCCACAGAGGAUGAUGGGAGCUUUAGGCAUUUCUGGGAGUGGCUCCACACGCCUCACACAGAGGAGGAGCUGGAGGAGGCGUGGGAGGUUCUCAAGGAGGUGAAAGAGGAGCAGGAAAAACAGGAGGAAAAGAAAGAGAGUAAUGGGCUGAACUCUCCCCACAAUGGCGAGAGGGCCAGCCCAGGAGAGAGGCAGUCCACCAUGCCACCUAGUGUCCCCAUACGGAAAGACAAGAAGGAUGUUCCGAAGCCAAUCAGUAAUGGUCUCCCCCCAACACCCAAAGUCCAUAUGGGUGCGUGUUUCUCUAAGGUGUUCAACGGUUGUCCCCUCAAGAUCCACUGUGCCACUUCGUGGAUCAACCCUGACACCAGAGACCAGUAUUUGAUAUUCGGAGCAGAAGAGGGAAUCUACACAUUAAACCUCAAUGAGCUACAUGAGACAACAAUGGAACAGCUCUUCCCUCGGCGGUGUACCUGGUUAUAUGUCAUGAACAACUGUCUUCUUUCCAUAUCUGGAAAAGCCUCUCAGCUGUACUCCCAUAGUCUAAGCGGUCUGUUUGAACAGGCCAGACAGUUACAGAAGUUACCAGUAGCCAUUCCCACACACAAGCUGCCUGAUAAGAUAAUUCCCAGGAAGUUUGCUGUGUCCAAUAAGAUUCCAGAGACUAAAGGGUGCCAAAAGUGCUGCGUAGUUCGUAACCCAUACACAGGUCAUAAGUACCUGUGUGGAGCCUUCCAGUCAAGUGUCAUGCUGUUGGAGUGGGUGGAGUCAAUGCAGAAGUUCAUGCUCAUCAAGACUAUUGACUUCCCACUACCCUGUCCGUUGGAGGUCUUUGAAAUGUUGGUGGUCCCUGAACAGACCUACCCUCUCAUCUGUGUCGCAGUCAGUAAAGGAACUGAACUCAGCCAGGUGGUCCGAUUUGGCACAGUCAAUCCCAACUCUACCUCCUCCUGGUUCACAGAAGCAGAAACCCCACAGACAUGUGUGAUCCAUGUCACUCAGCUAGAGAGAGACACGAUCCUAGUCUGCCUCGACAGGUGUAUAAAGAUAGUGAAUCUCCAGGGUCGGUUGAAAUCCAGCAGAAAGUUGUCAGCCGAGCUCACCUUCAACUUCCAGAUCGAAAACAUCGUUUGCCUCCAAGACAGCGUAUUGGCGUUUUGGAGACAUGGCAUGCAGGGACGGAGUUUCAAGACUAAUGAGAUCACUCAGGAGAUCUCAGACAGCACACGCAUCUUCAGACUACUGGGAUCAGACAGGGUGGUGGUGCUGGAAAGCAGGCCUACGGACAACCCUACAGCCCACAGCAACCUCUACAUCCUGGCAGGCCAUGAAAACAGCUACUGAGACAUGCACACUAACAUACGUGCACAUAAAACACGCUCUGUAGACACCCCAGCAUUAGUACAAGAAAGGGAGCAAGCGACACACUCAUCCCAACUCCACUUUUAUCCCACCCAGCCUUCAUCUUCUCCCCUGGCCCGACUAGCAGUGUGUCUGGGAGAUGUUCAUCAGUGCACAUGCGGAAUCCCAGUUGCAGCGUUUUAUAAAGAGCUGCAGUGUUAUGUGUAUCAGUGAAGUGUGCGUGUGGCGUUAGAGCAGUGGGUUGUAGACCCGUUUCUGACAGUGUCAGGGUUUUAAAACUCCUGGCCUGAGGCCGCUUUAGAUCGGAAUAGCCAGCUGAAUCUUUGGCCCCUACCCUGGAUACAUCACACUGGGAACAAUGUCUAGCACGGAAAUUUGACUCCAACACUACUUCUACUACUACUACUUCUACAUAUGCUACUAACACUACUGCUACUGCUGUUUGCGCUAAAGCUUCACAGAAGGGCCAUCUUGCACAGAAAACCUACCCUUCUUCUUCAUUGCUCCUCCUUCCUUUUUUCCUUACUUGUCCCUGUUUUUUUUUUAAAAAAACUACACCUUUAUUUAUUUUGGCAUGACAUGCUUUUAACAACCAGGAUGAAUUUCCUGUUUUUAUUUCUUGUCUUUUUAAAAAAUUAAAAAGAGAAAACCAACUAAAAAGCUUUGCCACUUUCGCUAGCAUCAAAUUCCAAUACUCGUCACCACACAAGUGCUUAAUUGACCUCUAUUUAAUUGUUGUAAAUAUAAGUGUAGUAUUAUUUUUGACAGAGACGAACACUAAAAGGGUCGUGUAGAUAGGUGUGUGUAUAGUUGGUCUGUACAACUGUGGAGACGAAACGCGAGACAAAUAGGCACGUCGCGACAGUAAAUUCACUCCCUAGUUCCUUGAUCAUGUGACCCCUGCAGUCUCACAGGCGAACAUCUUUAGUAAUCCGAUAUUACUCUUCUCAUGGCGUGGACCUCAGGAUCAAAUUGAGCGAACACAGGACACCGAUUGGCCGUUUUUCACUCUCAGCGCGUCGCUGUCAUGACUUCCUGCUUGUUUUCAUCACUUGACCGUCAUCAGGGUGGACGAAAAUGAUCAUUUCUGCUCGUUUCAUUUUGUUUCUUCUUUUAUUUUUUAAUCAGAAAUCUUUGUUUAUUCUUUAGCAAUAUAUAUAUAUUUUUUGCUAUUUUUAUUGAACCACUGGUGUUACAAAUUUGCACAGAGAAAAAUGUAUUUCAUAAACAAAUGUGAUGUCAUUAUAAUAUAUGACCUUGUGUGUGUAUGCACAGUGUGUAUGUGUGUGCGCGUCUGUGUGCGUAGACAUAGAAUAUGCACAUAUAAGAGUGUCAUGUACAGAUCUGGUCUUUAACAAGUGACAAGUUUCUGGCCAUAUUACAAAAAAAAGCAUCAGCAGAUAAGAAAAUACAAAAAAAAGGAUAUACAGAAAUAAAGUCAUUUAAUUAUAUCUGGUUAGGCUUAAAUCGAAUUAGCUUUUAGCCCAUUGGACAGAAUUAAUGUGUUUACAAAGUAAAAUGCAGACCUGAAUCAUCUGCAGCCAGCCUGCGUUCCACAGUCACACAGAGACUGAACAGCGGCCCACCGCCGCUGGUCACUAGAGAAAAGUUAGCCCUAGUGUUGUCCAGUUAAUUAGCUGGUUGCUAGGUGAAACUGGUCACAAAGAAGUACAGACCACCACCCAAUGUAAGGUUUAUGCCACAGCUGCUUUACUGUUUUAUAAAAACUGUUACAGUUACAGUUAUUCGCUCACAUUCCUGAGCAGAAAAAUUAGUUGUUGAAUGUUUAGUUUGAUUCAGUGUGCAGGCUUAAAUUUGGGUAUAAAAGCAAUAGUUGCCUCCUUUAAAAAAUGGUGUUUGCUGCGAUGAAGCACAACUUAAUUUGUGGAUCUACCAUCCAAACUAUGGGUAGCUGCAGCGGUGUACUGGCAACCAAAAGCAAUCACAAGACGUUUUUUGUGCAGCACCCUAUUUGUAACCAGUCUCAGCUAGCAACAGUCUGAAAUCGCCAGCAUCCAAGUGAUUUCCAACCGGUGAGCCACCGCUGUAACACAGGCAACUGUAAACUAAACCAACACGGCUGAUAGGCUAUAGUACAUUUCACUACACUGAACAAUAAACAGUGGUGGGUUACCAUUAUUUGACCUCAGUGAAAUAAUGCAGUAACAAUAACAGCAUGUAUGUGGUGUUAACAGUGCAUCCACAUCCAAAUAUAUUACUCUCCAUAUUGUGGUAUUGAGUGGUGUAGCCUGUAGCGUUAUGAAUAAUGGUUUGCUGGUUUAAAUAUGGUGCAAAGGCUUGCUCAAAAAUCCAGUCAGACUCAUUAAUAGAAAUUUCUGUGUAACACCUUUUUUCCCUGUAUUCCUGAGAAAUAUUUGCAGAAGUUUUCAUUGUCAGCUGUGACUUUUUUUUAAAGACCCAUAUCUGUAUGAGAGCUCACACUACAUGCAUGUAGAUGCGCACUGUCUGAUGUGUAGGAGGGUCUACGUGUACCAUUUAGUUUUCCAAGCUGUGACACUAGAGGUUCCUACUGAGGACACCAGUGUAGAUGAACCUGAGAUACGGUGCGUAAUCCUGAAAUCUGAGACAUUUGCCUGUCGAAUGGUUCACGUUCUCAAAGCUUCUCUCCGAAUUUUUUCCCCCAUAUUUAUAGGCUAAAGCAAAUAAUUAAAAAAAUGCAGUAAAUUGAUCAAAAUGAAUAUAAGCGACUCUUUAUCAGAUCAACACGUGACACUGAAAAUUUAAAAUAAAAUUUAUUACAGGCCGCAAAUCCUGCUUCAGCAACCUUGUGGUUUUUAGUGCAUCUCUGUCCCAGAGAUUCAAUUCAAUUCAAUUUUAUUUAUAUAGCGCCAAAUCACAACAAAAGUUGCCUCAAGGCACUUCAUGAGGCACAGCAGCGGCUGCAGCAUUGUCUUUUAAAUGUUCACGGGAAUUGAUUUCAUCUGUCACAAGUCUGAUUAAAGAGAAAUCUUGCCAUUCUUUGGGACUGACAGUUGAACGUUUCACCACAGGUGGUAAUCUGUUACCACCUGUAAAGAGUAAAACCACACAAACUAUUCAUAACGUUUUCAUCCGAUGUAUCUGUGGACACAUCUGGAAUCAUCUUACUAGACUCCAGUUCGCUGUAAUGCAACAGGAUCAAGUGCAGAACGGUUGAACUCUGCGUGAGAAUAGAAAUGCUCUGCCCUUUUUCUUUCAGCAAACAAUAACAUGUAUCGAUUUUACUAUGAAUUGCCUGCAAAGUGCAUUAGUGUUCCAGGUGAUUGAUUUAGCCAUUAAUGAAUACAUGUGCUUCCUGCCAACAAACGUGAUUAUAGACUGGGAGUCAUUUCAUAGCUGCAGCCAAGUCCUUUAUUAAGUUAUUUAAGCCAAACUCUGUUACUUAUUUUAAAAAAAGAUUAAGCCACAAUAAUCAUAUUUUUACCCUUUACGUUAUGAAUUCAAGUUGAUUGAUUUCCCUCACUUGAGUGGUUGAAAUGCCAGUGUCAUCAUCAACCCCGCAUGACCAGCCUCUUAGCGAAUCGUACUGUUUUAGAGGGGAAAUGAAUCAAGCAUUCCGAAAAGAUUUCACUCUUCAUUUUUGUGAUGCUAAAAUAUGUUGUUGAAACUUCUUCUGGCCAUAUUUAGAAAAUCUACCUCGUGGUAUCUAGAUCAAAGAAAAAAAAAGUCUAAUACUAAAGACAGCCAUCAGCAGCACAUGAGGUUAGCGUUCAACCAUGUUCUCUAAACUUGCUCUUAACUGUCUGUGUCCUUUCAGCUGAUGUGUGUAAAUGAAAAAAAAUUCAUUUAGCUGAAAAUGGCUUUCUCAGUGUGAGGUUUUCUCAAAAUAGCCAUCUCAAAUAAUUCUUAAAUAUCUUAACACUUCUAUGUAUCCUCUUAGCGGCACACCCGACGUCUAUAAUGUUUCAACAUGGCUGGAAAAAGGGGGGAAGGGGGGGAGCUAUUCCUGCACCCCUAACCACCUCUGCCUAUUCUUUCCUGUUAAAACCAUUUAAGUUUGGGAAAUUUGUCUAUUUAGCAUAACAACAAAGUUCAUGUGGGAUUGAAUGAUGCUCUGUUUUCUUCUUUCUGCCAUCAUGCACACAAGCGUAAUCUAUAAUCCUUAGAGCAGGUGCCAACAUGGCCUUCCUUUGUGGGUUUUUGCUGAAAUGUUAAAAGUGUGUGUGUUUCAUAACCUCAACUGGGCCUGGAUCAAAUCGCAUGUCGAGUAAGUCACCGAGACGUUUAAUGUGCUUGGAGUUGGGGAUUGUUUUCUCCAACAGAAGAGAUAUCCCUACCUGGUGCCCAGAGCAGAUUCAUAGAAGUCCUUUUGAGUUAUUUGCGAAAGCCGUUUGAUCCGGGUCUCAUCCCUAUCUUAAACAAAACACAAUACGUCACCUCUGUUCUGUGGCUAUUUCAUCACCUUUGUCUUCUGUUUUCAUAUUGCGAUGCAUAUGUUAUGUAAUGUAUAUAGUGUAAAAUAAAAUGGGUUUGUUUUACAUACUGUAUAAUUGCCUAUAUUUUGUUUCAGAAGUGUAACAGAUUUAUGAGAUGACAGGUUAACACAUUAAAAAGAUGGAACUGAA